CCUCUCUCAAAAUUCUCCCAUCUCUGGUCCUUCUUCCAAAAAGAAUAAAAAGGAAAAGAAAGUUCAAAAAAACAAAAAAGGAAUCGUUUUUCCGGGUUGUGAUAUUUGGGCCAAAACGGAUCGAACUAUACGACCCGAAAAUAUUUCACCCAUCAGACCAACAACGUGGCAAGAUCUCAAGGUAAUUGUGUUCCUAUUGGGUAAAGCUUAACCCUAGAUUCUUGCCUUUUGUCUUUCAAUCAAACAAACGCCCUUAAUCCUUAAUUGUGGAGCUAACACUGAUUCUUCUCUACUCCAAAACCAAUUUCAGUGAUAUCAUAUAGGUAUGGAUGAUACAUGGUUCAAUGGUAGGCCAGACAUGCGCACGAGAGAUAAACGCCAGCAAGAAAUGGAAGAGGCAGAUGAGGCUUCUAUUCUAGAGGAUCUCGCUGAAGAUUUUCGCCUUCCUAUUAAUCAUAGACCAACAGAAAACGUAGACCUGGAAAAUGUGGAACAAGCAUCUUUAGACACGCAGUUGACAUCCUCUAACAUUGGAUUCAAGCUUCUUCAGAAGAUGGGUUGGAAAGGGAAGGGUCUUGGGAAAAAUGAACAAGGAAUUACUGAGCCAAUAAAAUCAGGGAUGCGAGACCCAAAAUUGGGGAUCGGAAAGCAAGAGGAAGAUGAUUUUUUUACAGCAGAAGAAAAUAUUCAACGGCGUAAGCUUGAUAUUGAGCUUGAGGAGACUGAGGAACUUGCCAAAAAGCGGGAGGUUUUAGCAGAACGUGAGCACAAAAUUGAAACGGAGGUGAAGGAAAUACGCAAGACUUUCUAUUGUGAGCUAUGCAACAAGCAAUAUAAAUUAGCAAUGGAGUUUGAAGCUCACCUAAGUUCGUAUGAUCAUAACCACAGGAAGCGCUUCAAGGAAAUGAGAGAAAUGCAUGGAAGUAGCCGUGAUGAUAGGCAGAAAAGAGAACAGCAACGUCAAGAGAGGGAGAUGGCAAAAUUCGCCCAAAUGACUGCCAAUAAGAAGCAGCAAGAACAGCAAACACCGGAGGAAGUAGGAAACAUUCCAGCCCCCUCCAUGGUUAGAACUGCAACUGCUCUUGCCGAUCAAGAUCAGAGGGAGGCUUUGAAGUUUGGGUUUUCUGCGAAAGGAGGCUCAUCAAAGGUGACAAACUUGGUUAACAAAUCCGCAAAGAAGCCAAAAGUAACUGUUGCGUCCGUCUUCAGCAAUGAGAGUGACGAGGAAUAACAGUGCAUCUCCACAAGCCUGGUGUCACCGCGUCAGUGAAGACCAAUGUAUGAAAGAUACCUGAAUGAAUUUUCUGAUGUUGCCUAGCUGUGUAUUAUGUCGACUUGUACAUUGUAAUCCGUUUUUUGAUGUCAUGACUGGAGGAUGUUUGUCCCCUGAGCGGACAUGAUAGAUAGAUACCAUGUACUCUAUAUUUCUUUGAUUCUGAACAUGUUAGACGAGAGAUUUAUGAGCCAAAAAUUGUGUGUUUACAUUGUA